AUGCCUCUCCAUAAAUACCCGCCCAAAAUUUGGGAAGCCCUGAAACUGAAGCAGGGCAUCUACGCCCGCCUCCCUAAACAUUACCUCAAGUCCCUGGAGCUCAAGGAGCCCACACCUGUUCACUGGAGGGCCCUGGGCGUACAGUACCGAGCCAACCCGAAGACGGGGUUGAAGGAGCGGGUCCAGGACAUCCCCAUCCCCGUUUACUACCCUCCACAUUCCCAAGAUGGCCUGUGGGGUGGCGAGGGCUGGGUUUCUGGCUUCAGAUAUGCAAACAAUGACAAAAUGUCCAAUCGAGUGAAGAAAACAUGGAAACCACAGCUCCUCAAAAGAGAUCUCUACAGUGAAAUCCUGGAUCACAAGUUCUCCAUCACAGUCACGGGUCGCACUCUGGACCUCAUUGAUGCCGCCUUUGGCUUUGAUUUUUAUAUCCUGAAAACACCGAAAGAGGACCUGAACUCCAAACUGGGGAUGGACCUGAAGAGGGCCAUGCUUCUCCGCCUGGCACGCAAAGACAAAGAGCUGUACCCCGACGAUCCCGUCAAAAGGGAAAGGGUCUACGGCAAAUACAAGGCAGGUCAUCAUUCCGAGGAUUUGAAAGGGGCUGGAAGCUCGAGGAUGAUUCUCAGAGCUCAGUUUGAAAUUCCAGAGGAGGAAGCAGAGUGGGUGGGUCUGAGUCUGGAGGAGGCCAUGGAGAAACAGAGGCAGCUGGAGCACAAGGAGCCCGAGCCUCAUUUUAAGGUCUGUGUGGACAAGCUGGUGCAGGAACUCCAGAUGAAGAAACUGAUGGAGCCACUUAUAAUAGAGAAGUGA